GCAUUUAUGAGGGAAGGAAAGAGGGCGGCUUUGCUUGGGCGCAGGAAGGAGGCCUGGCCGCCGAGUCCCCGCCUCUUUGCCUUUCUCCUGGCCGGGCGAGCGAGCCGGGCCGCCUCCCAGGGAAGGAAGGAAGGGGCGGGAACGCGGAGGUUGCCGCUUGCGCCGCUGCCGCUUUUCGGUGCAGGCGGUCUGGGCGCUCCAUUCGCCAAGCGCGCGCGCGUGAGGGGUUUGCCAUGGUGCUGUUGCGCCGCGUGGCUCUGCCUCUGCUGUUGGCGCUGGCGGCGGUGGGGUGCCCGCGGGUGGCCUGGUCCCUGGUGUGGUACACGGCCUGGGUGACCACCAUGUACACCGAGCCCGGCACCAACCGCACGGUGCAGGAGAGCACCGAGAGCGGCCGCUACGGCGACGGCUCGCCCAAGGACAACGCGCAAGGCCUGGUGGGCAUCCCCCGCGGCGGAGCGGGGAGCGGCCGCCACAUGGAGGGCUGCGCGCCGGGGAUCGACUACGAGAUCCCCAGGCCGCCCGGAGCGCAAUUCGCGGGGACGCCUCCGUCGUGGAUCGCUCUGGUGGCGCACGGGGGCUGCAGCUUGAAGGACAAAAUCGCCAACGCCGUGAGGAAGCGGGCGGCUGCCGUGGUGAUCUACAACGAGCCCAGGUUCGGCAACUCCACCCUGACCAUGUCCUAUAAUUACGGUACUGGCAAUGCCGUUGUAAUUAUGGUUGGAUAUCCCAAAGGCAUGGAGAUCUUGGAACUGGUGCGAAGAGGGAUACCAGUGAGGAUGUCCAUUGGUGUUGGCAAGCAACACAUGCAAGAAUAUAUCAGUGGACAGUCUGUUGUAUUUGUAUCGAUUGCAUUUAUCACCAUGAUGAUCAUAUCGUUGGCAUGGCUUAUAUUUUUUUAUAUACAGCGCUUCCUCUAUAGCGGAUCGCAUUUUAGAAACCAGGGCCAUAGAGAAGAAACCAUAAAAGCAAUUGGCCAGCUUCCACUGCAUAUUGUAAAGCAUGAAGAUAAGGGCUUGAAUAUCGAUGCUGAAAAUUGCGCUGUAUGCAUUGAAAACUACAAACCAAAGGAUAUCGUUCGAAUCCUGCCUUGCAAGCACGUCUUUCACAGGCAUUGCCUCGAUCCCUGGCUGCUGGAACACAGAACGUGUCCAAUGUGCAAACUAGAUGUCAUCAAAGCUCUCGGAUAUUGGGGAGGGCCUGCAGAUGAACAAGAAGUUGCAAUGCCUGAAUCAACAAGUGGCAGCAUGUUGGCCGAGAGCUGGAGUAUUGCUGUGCCAGAAGAGAACAGAAAUGAAACAAGUGACUUAUCAGCAUCUUCUGCUAACGGAUCUGCAUCAAGUAGUAACGGUUUAAAAGAGGAUGCAGGUGAAAGAACAGCCUUACUUGAAACGGAUGGCAGAGAUAAUCGACUUGAAGAACACCUGUCUAAUGGAAACACUGUAUGAAAGCUUGACAGCUUGAACUGGGAGCGAAAUAUCUAUUUUGUUUUGUUUAAAUGCUGUGGACUUGUGUCUAGCUUAAAUGUGUUACUUGUCUAAUUCACGUUUCAAAAGGGCUAAUAACUAGAGGCUUUGCAAUAACUCUAGUAUGAGUUCCUUCUUUUGACCAAAAAUGAGAGUUGAGAAAUGAGACAAAUUUAUGAGCUUGGGAGGGUUGGUGAGAACCAGAAGGAAAAAUAUCUGUUGCUACUUAGAAAACUGGCCUAUUAUUUUUUUUGGCACUUGUUGAGAUUGCUGCUCUUUUUCCAUGGAGAUUUCCCUUAGCAACUUCUUUUGUAAGAAACAGGUUCUCUUUCUUCACUUGGUUUCCUUGUCCCUUGGUUUGUAGGGACACAAAUUGAGUUAAGGAAGGGAGCUCCCAAGUGAAAACUCCCCCUGGAAAAAGAGUAACAAGUUCAGAAGUAAUCUCUGUGCCAGAACAGCUAUUACAAGAUCAAUACUAGGAGUACAAAUUGCACAGGUCAACAGAUAAAUGUGGGUGAUUUAUGAUAAAUGUACAUAUAGCACAUAUGCAACACUGAGGUUUACUUUUUUUAAAUUGUGUUUUGAGUGCAUAGUAUGGACCUGCAAAGUAUUCCAAUAGUUGUGAGAAUUUCUGCCACGUGCUUGCCGAAAAACCUGAUGACUUUUUCAUUUGCCUGCUAGGUCAAUAACUUUAAGUUGUGCCACACAGUUAUUGUAGCUGGCAGGCAAUCUAUUAGUGCCUCGGGCAACGCAAACGAGCUACCUUCGACUGUGAAACACAGUGGUGCAGCAGUUGUUCAUGUUGCACAUGGAGAGUAAUUUAACUUAAACUCUUCUCCACUCUUUCCCUUCACUGUUGUUUUUUUGUAUGCUGUUUUUGGAUUUUUCUCUACCUUAAUUCAUUCCUGAGAUGUUCGUAAAGUUAUUGUUUCUGUUAUGCAAAGGAUUGUUAGAUGCUUCCAAGUAGAGGUUUGCACAAUAUAGUUACUGGGUUUUUUUACUGUGCUAGAUUAGCAGUAUUGUGCCUUAGAGUAGUUGAAAAGCACUAAGCCUGAAGUGUAUAAAAUAGAUACCACUGCACUGUUUAAUUUUUACCUCUGCUUCAGGUAAAUCUAUAUAACAAUAAGCUCUAGAGGAAAAUGGUGAAUUGUGUAUUUAUAGUUCUCUUAAGCGUUGGAUGAACAUUUUAGAAUUCUAAUAGUUAUAAAUGAAUGUACGGAAUCAUACCGCCAAGUCUGUAAGAAACGUUUUGCACCGUGUUUAAACUUAGAUAUUUGGUAAGGUGCUUUUUUAAAUGUCAGAGAAAAUAUGCAACCUAGUACUUAAAUUGGAUCAGUAUUUAAUUUCAGUAUUUUCAAGUUUGGGGAAGAGAAAUUCAAACAUGGGUGGGGGCAGAUGCAGGAAGAAACAGGGUGAAGAUUCUGAUAGAAAUCCUACCAAAAUAUUCUGGGGGGACCUCGCCACCUUCUCUGAUGAGAGUAACCCAGCCACAUGUCAUGAAUUAAAAUUGGUCUCUGCAAGACCUGCCUGCAUCUUAUAGCCAGCACUUAAUGGAGUGGACCAUGCCAUGACUACUCCCUGCGUCUUCAAACAAUAUGGAUGCUGCUUUCAAAAAGGAACUGCCUUUGAACUAUUCAGUCACUCAUCUUUCCCUACAUCCUUAGCACAAAGCGGAAGUGUUACUUGGUUAGUUGUUUUCAGCACAUCACAGCUUAGCAUCACGGAAAAAGCAGGACGUCGUUUUUUGUGUGCCUUGAAAGUCUCCAGAUCCUUCCUAACAUUUGCAAUGUAGCCCCUGCCUGGGAGAAAGCAGUAUGGUUUUUUCCCCCACCGAACAAACUCUUCUGGAACUUGCCCACAUGGACUCGGCGCUGACUUACUGCUGCUACAUUCUUAAUUUUUAUCUGUGAGACACCCCUUCUUUCAACUAUUUUAAGGCAGAAAGAUUCCGUGUGUUGUAUGAAAAAGAUUGACUUGCCUGCAGGUGUUGUCUCAUAUGACAGACAUGGACAUUUUGUAUAUAGGGCACUGGGUUUAAUUUAAAACGUGUGUGUUAAAAUGCACCUUAAAAAAAGGCUUGAAGAACAGUAGUAGGUAAACUGCCUUAAACCAAAAUAAGCCAGUUGGAAAUAACGAAAGCUGACUUUGCUCCUUUUGAAUGUCCAGUUUUUUAAGACAGUUGGAAGCGAAACAAACUAAAAGUGUUUCUGACUGGCCCUGUUUCAAGUGGGGCCUUCUGCUAUAGUGGUGUCCUGUCAGCUGAAAAGGCCUGUGUGUCCAUUUAUUAGAACGUAGUUUAAUAUUAUUCUAGAACAGAAAGCUACUGAUAAGUUUGACUUGUUGCUGUACAAAACUGAGGUUAUUGAGGGUUUUGUGCUUGAGCCUGGUUUUAAUUUUACAAGGCCGUUACUGGGGCUCAAGUUUCAUGUAUAAAACAAUCUCUACACACUCUUAAAAGCAAAAUUCAAGUUUGCUUUUAAAAAAAAGCAAGCUGCCUACAUUGUCUCUGCACAAACGGUGUAACUGUUUAGAAUACUUCUAUUGUGGAGGGUUGCUGUUACAGACUAAAAUUGAACAUGGCACCCUUCGUUACCAAAAAAUCUUGCCAGGGUACAAUGUGCUUAAUCCUUUUUUGAGCUGAACGUUCUAGUGGCGGGGUGAGGGGCACAUUGAAGCUUUUGCUUGAACUGAAAUAAAAAUGGUAGUUCUUUCAGCUGACGACAAAGGGAGGACAGGAGCAGGACAACUCAGUGAAGGAGCCAGCCUCCUUUACCUUGUCAACUGCUACCUGGUAAGCAUUCAGUCCUUCAGUUCUCCUUGAAAUUUCCAAUGAAUAACUGGUUAUCAUUGUUUGUUACCUCUACCACCCUAGUCGACUUUUUUGUCUUUUUGUUUGGUCAUGUCUUUUAAGAUUGUAUGCCUGAGGGCAGGGACUGUCUUCAUCGAUCUUUAAGCUUUGUGGGGAGCCACUUUUGGCUAAAGAGCAGGAUAAAACAUUCUAUAAAUAAAUAAAAAUGUGGAAAGUACUUA